AUGGCGCUGGCCAGGCCUGGGACCCCGGCCUCCAGGCCCCUGGCCCCUCUCCCGCUGCGGUUGCUGCUCUUGGCUCCUGCCCUCACCCUCCUGGGGGGAACGGUGCCUUCGGAGACCCCAAGUGUCUGUGCCUCAGCCCCGUGCGCUCCAGGGACCGAGUGCCAGGCUAUGGAGAAUGGUAGCUACACCUGUGGGCCCACGGAGCCCCAGGGCUGUGCCACCCAGCCGUGCCACCACGGCGCUCUGUGUGUGCCCCAGGGUCCAGACCCCAACGGCUUUCGCUGCUACUGCGUGCCCGGGUUCCAGGGCCCACGCUGCGAGCUGGACAUCGAUGAGUGUGCAUCCCGGCCCUGCCGCCACGGGGCCACCUGCCACAACCUGGCUGAUCGCUAUGAGUGCCGCUGUCCCCUUGGUUAUGCAGGGGUGACGUGCGAGGCGGAGGUGGACGAGUGUGCCUCGGCGCCCUGUCUGCACGGGGGCUCGUGCCUGGACGGCGUGGGCUCCUACCGCUGCGUGUGCGCGCCGGGCUACGGGGGCACCAGGUGCCAGCUGGACCUGGACGAGUGCCAGAGCCAGCCGUGCGCAAACGGGGGCCAGUGCCACGACCUGGUCAACGGGUUCCGGUGCGACUGCGCGGACACGGGCUACGAGGGCGCGCGCUGCGAGCAGGAGGUGCUAGAGUGCGCGUCGGCGCCCUGCGCGAACAACGCGUCCUGCCUCGAGGGCCUCGGGAGCUUCCACUGCAUCUGCUGGCCAGGUUACAGCGGCCAGCAGUGCGAGGUGGAUGAGGAUGAGUGCGAGUCGGGCCCCUGCCAGCAUGGGGGGCAGUGCCUGCAGCGCUCGGACCCAGCGCUCUACGGAGGCGACCGGGCCACCUUCCCUGGCACCUUCAGCUUCCGCCACGCUGCCGGCUUCCUGUGCCGCUGUCCCCCGGGCUUUGAGGGGGAUGAAUGUGGCGUGGAUGUGGACGAGUGUGCCUCACAGCCAUGCCUCAACGAAGGCCGCUGCCAGGACCUGCCCAACAGCUUCCGGUGCCACUGUCCAGAUGGCUACACAGGCCUGGCAUGUCAGGAAGAUGUGGAUGAAUGCCUGUCGGAGCCCUGCCUCCAUGGUGGGACGUGUGAUGACACCGUGGCGGGCUACGUCUGCAGGUGCCCAGAGGCCUGGGGUGGGCAUGACUGUUCCGUGCAGCUCACCGGCUGCCAGGGCCACACUUGCCCACCGGCUGCCACCUGCAUCCCCAUCUUCAAGGCCGCUGUGCACAGUUACGCCUGCCGCUGCCCACCCGGUACCCACGGACAUUUCUGUGGCCAGAAUACCACCUUCUCUCUGGUGGCCGGGAGCCCCGUGCAGACAACCGUGCCGGCUGGCAGCCCCCGGGGUCUGGCACUGAGGUUUCGCACCACACUACCUGCUGGUGCCUUGGCCACUCGCGCUGACACCCAGGACAGCUUGGAGCUGGCACUGGUGGGGGGCACACUUCAGGCCACCCUCUGGAGCCACGGCAACACCACCGGGCUUACCCUGAAGCUGCCAGACCUGGCUUUAAAUGAUGGCCACUGGCACGGAGUGGAGGUUUCGCUGCGCCCGGCCGUCCUGGAGCUGCGGCUCUGGCAUGAGGACUGCCCUGCCCGGCUGUGUGUGGCCUCCGGUCCUGUGGCCCCAGCUCCCAUGGCUUCCGAAGCGCCGACGCCUGCCAGGUUCUGCUCCACCCAGCUGGGUGGCACAGCCUUUGAAGGCUGCCUCGAGGACGUGCAAGUGGACGGGCACCUCCUGCUGCCCGAGGACCUGGGCGAGACUGUCCUCCUGGGCUGUGAGCGCCGUGAGCAGUGUCAGCCUCCACCCUGUGCCCACGGAGGGGCCUGCGUGGACAUGUGGGCUCACUUCCACUGCAAAUGCCCCCGGCCCUACAGUGGUCCUACAUGCGCUGAUGAGGUUCCUGCUGCCACCUUUGGCUUGGGGGGCACCCUGAGCUCUGCCUCCUUCUUGCUGCACCAGCUGCCAGGCCCCAACCUCACCGUGUCCUUUCUCCUGCGUACUCGGGAACCCGCUGGCCUGCUGCUCCAACUUGCCAACGACUCGGUAGCUGGCCUAACAGUAUUCCUGAGCGAGGGCCAGAUCCAGGCUGAUGUGCUGGGCAGUCCUACUCUGGUGCUUCCUGGGCGCUGGGAUGAUGGGCUCCGCCACCUGGUGACGCUCAGCUUCGGGCCUGACCAGCUGCAGGGCUUGGGGCAGCAGGUGCACGUGGGUGGGAGGCUCCUCCCUGCUGAUGCCGAGCCCUGGGGUGGGCCCUUCCGAGGCUGCCUCCAGGACCUGAGACUCAAUGACCUCCACCUCCCGUUCUUUCCGCGACUGCUGGGGAACUCAAGCCAGCCCAGCGAGCUGGGCAGCAGGCAGUCCUGGAACCUCACCAUGGGCUGUGUCUCCGAGGACACGUGCAGUCCUGACCCCUGUCUCAAUGGUGGAAUUUGUCUCGUCACCUGGAAUGACUUCCACUGCACCUGCCCUGUCAACUUCACGGGGCCAACGUGUGCUCAGCAGCUGUGGUGUCCUGGCCAGCCCUGCCUCCCGCCUGCCGCCUGUGAGGAGGUCCCUGGUGGCUUUGUCUGGCUGGACGGGGCGUCGGCGCCCGUGGCGCUGCGCGGCCUGGCCGGCGACCUGGGCUUCCUGCGUGGCCCCGGCGCCGCGCGCGUGCUGCUGGCCGAGAACUUCACCGGCUGCCUGGGUCGCGUGGCCGUCGGCGGCCUCCCACUGCCCCUGGCGCGCCCGCGACCCGGCGCGGCCCCCGGCUCCCGAGAGCACUUCUCGGCCUGGCCCGGGGCGCCCGCCCCACGCCUCGGCUGCCACGGCGCGCGCGUGUGUGUCCCGUCGCCCUGCCUGCACGGCGGCGCCUGCCGCGACCUCUUCGACGCCUUCGCCUGCGCCUGCGGCCCGGGCUGGGAGGGCCCGCGCUGCGAGGCCCGCGCCGACCCGUGUCGCUCGGCACCCUGUGCUCGCGGCCGCUGCCACUCACGCCCCGACGGCCGCUUCGAGUGUCGCUGCCCGCCUGGCUUCGCGGGCCCGCGCUGCAGGUUGCCUGUCCUGCCGGAGGAAUGCAGCCUGAACUUCACCUGCCUCAACGGUGGCCCCUGUGAGGGUGGGCCCCAGGGGGCCAACUGCAGCUGCCGGGGGGGCUUUGCUGGCCAGAGGUGUCCGGUCCCCUGUGAGGCCAACCCCUGCUUGAACGGCGGCACCUGCCGGGCUGCUGGUGGGCUCUAUGAAUGUAUCUGCAGUGCCAGGUUCUCAGGCCAGUUCUGUGAAGUGGUGAAGGGCCUGCCGCUGUCCCUGCCCUUCCCGCUGCUGGAGGUGACCGUGCCUGCGGCCUGCGCCUGUCUCCUCCUCCUCCUCCUGGGCCUCCUGUCAGGGGUCCUGGCAGCCAGGAAGCGCCGCCAGUCCGAGGGCACCUACAGCCCCAGCCAGCAGGAGGUGGCUGGAGCCCGGCUGGAGAUGGACAGUGUCCUCAAGGUGCCACCAGAGGAGAGACUCAUCUAG